AUGACACGAAACUAUCUCACCACGAUAUUUGCUCUUCUGCCGCUGGUCGCUUCGCAGCAAAUUGGACUCCCAGACCUCCACCCAAAACUAGAAACAUGGAAAUGCACAACUACACACGGCUGCACCAAACACCAAACAUCAAUUGUUCUAGAUGCACUCUCCCACCCACUCCACGAGAUAGGAAACCAAAGUGCCUCAUGUGGAGAUUGGUCAAACGGCCUAAACACCGAUCUCUGCGCAACACAAGAGACAUGCGCCGAGAACUGCAUCCUCGACGGAGUCAACUACGCAGCGCAUGGUGUAGCAACCAAAGGCGAUACUCUAACUCUCCAUCAAUACAUGAAAGUCGACGGGACAUUUUCAUCCGUCUCUCCACGAGUAUACCUUCUCAAUGAAGACGGAAAGAACUACGACAUGCUCCAACUCCUCAACCAAGAAAUCAGCUUUGACGUGGACGUCUCAACUCUGGUCUGUGGCAUGAACGGGGCGCUUUAUCUCGCCGAGAUGUUAGAGUCCGGUGGAAGAAACAAGCUCAACCCCGCUGGAGCGCAGUACGGGACUGGAUACUGUGAUGCACAGUGCCCAGUUCUUCCGUGGGUGAAUGGCUUGGCGAAUGUUGAGUCUUCGGGCGCUUGCUGUAAUGAGAUGGAUCUUUGGGAAGCGAAUGCUGUUGCCACUGGGUAUACACCACACGCGUGCAAUAUCACGCAGGUGUAUGAAUGCUCUGGUGAUCUCUGUGGUAGCGGUGGUGUUUGUGAUAAGUCGGGCUGUGGGUAUAAUCCCUAUGCUCUGGGUGAUCAUGAUUACUAUGGGUACCGGGGGAUUGUUGAUACGAACAAGCCGUUCACUGUUGUGACGCAGUUUGUGACUGAUGACAAUACCGCAAAAGGGGCGUUGAAGGAGAUUCGUCGAUUGUACGUGCAGAAGGGGAUGGUGAUUCAGAAUGCCGUGGCAGAAGUGUCCGGAAGCAAUGUUGAUUCUAUCACUGAGGAGUACUGUUCGAACUCUGCCAGCUACUUUGAGCAAAUGGGAGGGUUGAAGCAAAUGGGCAAGGCUCUCGGUCGAGGAAUGGUCCUGAUUUUCAGUAUUUGGAAUGACUCUGGUGCUUUCAUGAACUGGCUUGAUAGCGGUAAUGCUGGGCCUUGCAAUAGCACUGAAGGGAAUCCGGAGCUGAUUCUUGCGCAGCAUCCGGAGACAUCUGUUACUUUUUCCAAUAUCAGAUGGGGAGAUAUUGGUUCUACGUUCAAGUGA